AUGACUUCAGUUCAACAACACAUUCCAAACGGCCAGCAAUAUGGGUCGCAUGCUCCGGCCAGUCUUGGAAUCCCAGAGACAGACGGAACGGGAUCACAAGGUCGACGUGGCUCAUCAGUCGCAGCCGAGAUAGCAAACGAGGACGAACAUUGUAUGACCUUGGCAGAUCCAAUCGAUAACGCACCGCCUGUCAUCGUUUUCUUCUCCUUCCUAGAUGCCCGCUCUAAGCAAUGGGCCGUCGAGCACCAAGUGGUUCACAACAUCCGGAAGAAUGUUCCGCAAGGAACCACUGUCUCCAGGUGCCAUGCCCCAAUGCGAGAUACUAAGGACUUUGGUGAGCAAUUGACCCAUGCCUGGGCUGUGGCAAAGUCGCUUCACAUGGACGACAAAUUCAUCACACCGAUGUUCGAGGCUAUUCGCGAGAAAGGUGUGCACGACCUGGAAGGUAUCCGAAGCGUCUUUAACGAUCUCGGAGUCGAUCCAUCAACUUUCCUGAAGGAAUGGGCCAGGGACAGAGUCAUUGCGGAUAAAGAGGCCAUGGAUAGAGCGGUCGCACACUUGGAUUUGCAAGAUGUUCCAUGCAUUCUUGUCCGUGGAAAAGAUUUGGUCAAAUUGUCGGACGGAAAGGAUUUUACUGCCGAGCAAGCAGUCGGUGCGGUUAAGAGAUUGCUCGCGAGGGAGUGA